AUGCUCAUUGAAGAUCCCGAGCUUCAAGGUCAAUACGAAAGAACGGUUUCAUAUUGGGAUGAAUUCCAACCUUGGUCCGAAUGUACCAAGACUUGUGGAGGAGGAACAAAAUCCCGAUCCCGAAGUUGUUUCAAAGACAAGGAGUUGGUGGACCCAAAUGAAUGUUUUGGUUCUACCGUUCAAACCUGGAAUUGCAACACCCAGUUGUGCACAAUCCCGCAGCCAUGGGGACAAUGGUCGGAUUGCUCAGUAACUUGCGGGUCGGGAGUGCAAACCCGCAUUCGAAAAUGCCUGGAUACGAUUGCCAACAUCAAUGUGCCUUACAUCCAUUGCAAGAACUCAAACGAAACGUCCACCCAAGCCUGCGGAGGCGGCAUCCCGUGCAAUGGGUGGACUACUUGGAGCGAAUGGAGUGUUUGUCCAUAUACUGUAGCGGGAGCACAGAGGAAUAAGUCUCGGAAGUGCAUGAAUGGCGAUGAGGGUCAGGUGAACCCCAGUUAUUGCGGCGGCACUGCCACCGACGCAUCGCAACAAGAGCCUUGUCCAGCCUUGAAACCCUGCCCAGAUGACCACCCGCAUGCCUUUCAAGCUGGGUUAGCUUGUUGCAAAUUUUUCUACCGGAGCAAUGUUAGCUCUCUAUGCGAUGGACAGUUUUUGCAACUGGCCGACCCUUUGGAGUGUUGUGUGGACAGCGAGACAGUGGAUUGUGCAAACGAGCCAGGAUACUGUCAAGACAACCCAAUUGCCCCCACCUUCUGCCCAACCAACCCAGGAGCGCAAAGGUCGGAGAACAAUGCUCUAAUUGAAACAUCUGAGUCCAUGUCAUUGGCCAACGCCUCGAUUCAUUGCGGAGAUACCUUGAAAGGGGGACUACUCAAGACACUGGACAUAUCACUACUUGAGGCUUUCAAAUCUCGCCUCACUACCUUCCCGCUAAAUUUAUGGAUGGGUUUAGAAAAGACCAUAUCGACUGCAUGUACAGGAGCAGCAUGUGUCAACAAUUCACAAGUUUUCCUAGAAGAUGGUUCCAUGCUGUUGGCCAUUCCACCCGACAUUGAUCUUAAUUUGGCAGCCACGUCUAGCUGUGUAAAAAUGACCAUUGCCAAUGGAGAUCCCAAGUUUGCCGUAACUUCAGAGCCGUGUUCCAACAAUUUGAGAGUUGUGUGUGAGAUAUCAUGCAAGGCAACAGUCAUCUUUAAUAAGGAAACCAUUGUGUCAAUAGAUUAUGGAAAAUGUCCAUCCACCCACCCAUUUGCCAUCGAGAACGGCCAAAGAUGUUGCCCUGAUUUUAGAAAAAUCUUCCAACGGGAUUUGGAUCCAGAAUGCGAUGGAUCAAAGAUAUCUCGAACUGCCACGGAAGCUUGUUGUCCCGAUUCCAUUCCUUGUCCCGACGGAAUCAAUUGUCAAGAUGGACCACGAUCUGGGCACUUUUGCCCAACCAUGCCCAAUUUGGCUCGUUCCGGAGAUUUUGCCUUUCCUAGAUCAACAAACCGUCUGAAUUCGGAAAUGAGUAAAGAGUUUUGUUGGAACACUUACAAUUCAUCUCUAGCUAUGUUAAAAUCAAUGUGGGACGUAGAGGCUAUUUUGAGAGGAAUGACAGAAGUAACAACAGAGACUCACUCAAACAACGCUUUUUUUAGAGGAAAACUAUGUAAUAACAAGAUGGAUUGCCUACAUCCUACCUUUGGCCUUCAGUGGGCUGAUGGAAGUCCUAUGAAGGAUCUCCCGUUUAAGACAAUAGUUGUCGGUUCCACUUCGCACACAAUAUUGGUGGCUCGUAUUAAUAAAAUCAAUGGGGAAGUUAAUUUGAAUGGUGAUUUUAGUACAGCAACAAAGGAGGUCACUUGUCAAAAGCAUUGCUCAUUCAACAUGGCAUAUUGUCCCAGGGACCAUCCCUUUGCCACUCAAUCUGGUCAGUCUUGCUCAAAGCAUUACACCCGAUCUCACAACAAAUCCGUCAACCUACUUUGUGAUGGUAGCAAUCUGGCCUUUGAAGAUCCACCUGAGUGUUGCCAAAUUUGCGUAUCUUGUCCCAAGAUCAAUGCCAAAUGCCAAGAUUCUCCCAAUGCCCCAGAGUAUUGCCCUCCCAAUCCUGUAGCCAUUCGUAUGGGAGAUACAGGUCUCAUUGCCUACUCAAAUAUGAGUUUGAACCCGGUCGACAAUCUUCAAUUCUGUCGAGAGUCGCACAACGCAAGAAUGAUUAGUUCGAUCGACAUGUCUGUAAUCCAAAGAGUGAAAUUUCAAACAGAGUUCAAGUGGUUUUACCUUGGAAUCGAAAAUCCCUACAUGGCGGCAUGCAAAAAUGAUGAUUGCUUGAACAAUGAAUACGUCAUAUGGCACAAUGGUUCCAUGCUGACCAGUAGGGAAGGAAUAACAAUCGACCUUUUUACAUAUAACCGUGCAUGCCCCUACGCAACUGCAGUCAAUACUAUAGGGGGAGGGCUCUGUUCAACUGCGGUAACCCCAGUUUGUGAGACUUCCUGUCGUGGAUCAGAUCCUAAAUACUGCCCAAGUGACCGUCCAUUUGCGGCCAAUAACGGCCACUCUUGUUGUGCGGACUUCAACAAGAAGUUCGAUCUGGCCACAGAUCCCACGUGCGAUGGGACCACUUUGACCUUCAGUGACUCGGAAAUGUGUUGCGUUGACCCUAUUCCAUGUGCCGAUCCCGUCAAUGGUUGUCUGAAUUCUCAAAACGCCAGAACAUUUUGUCCAGCAUUUCCAAGUCUUCGUCGUUCUCGAGAUAUGGCGAUCGCGUGGAACUCUACAACUACCAUGUACCACUUACAGGCUCGAGAGUAUUGCAGUGAUGUCUGGAACGGUGCCUUGCCCACUUUCAAAUCAUUUUUCGAUAUUGAAUAUGUUCAACAAUUUAGCAGCACUAAGAGAUUUUUCGUCAAUGCCUGGUUUUCUCGAGGAACGGCAUGUUCGGGAGAUAACUGUUUUAUCGCUCCAAACAAUAUAACCUGGGGAGAUGGCUCGCAACUAAAGAAAUAUUUUUCUGACACAUUCCAUAUUGUAUCUUCAAGUCACAAUCAUUUGACUGUUUACCUGACAACAACGAAGAACAUAGUUCAUUAUUAUGGAGGAGGAAAGCUCGAGAAAUUCGAUGCCGCUUGCCAAAUUCCAUGCAGUAAAGUCACUCCCAAAUGUCCAAGCGACUACCCAUUGGCCACUGGGUUGGGAGGUGCGAUGUGCUCUAGGAAUCCGUGGAAAUUGAACGAUCCCAAUGUGAAUCCAGCCUGUGAUGGUUCAAAACUGGCGCCAGACGACCCUGUGGAAUGUUGUCAGGAUUGUAUUAACUGUCUUGGGAACUUCACGAAGUGUCAAAACUCACAAGCUAUCGAAUGGUUUUGCUUCGGCCAUCCUAAUGCAUCACGCUAUGGACCCACGGGAUUCAAUUACUUGUCUUCAAGUGGCCAAUUGAACCGACGACAGGCGGGAGAGGCUUGCCAUGCUGCAGGUGGCAGAUUGCCCAACUUGAAUGCAGCUGCCAAGAUGGAGGGACUGGAAAACUUUUUGUACUCAAAAGGGCUCUCAGUGACCGUAUGGACUGGCUUAGAAUCGUCGUUUGCCGAGUCCUGCUCCAACGAGCAAUGCAUCAAUUCAACCAUUCUCGAGUGGUCGGACGGGUCCAAGGUUGUUGAUACCGAACCCAUUAAAAUAUCCAUCAACACCCAUCGGUGUGUCUCAUUCGUGCAAUCCACCACGUCCUUGCAAGCCGUCGAUUGUUCCAACCAAUACGAUGUGGUCUGCGAAGUUGAUUGUGAUCCUCAAACCACCCCUUGUCCAAUGGACCACCCAUUUCCAAUCAAGGGUGGAAAGUUUUGCUGCAACGAUUACAACAAAAAAUUUGACAGUGCCGCUAAUGAUCUGUGUGACGGAACAUCUUUCACCGACGACGAUCCAGAGGAAUGUUGCCCAGACCCACUUCCUUGUUCUAAGCAUCAAUGCACGUUAAAUACUUUAAACAAAGAGUUUUGCCCCAAAUAUCCGGAAAGAACCCGCUUUGGAAACGCGGCCUUUCAAGCAAUUGGGCUCUUUAAUUGGAUCGAUUCCAUCGCCGAAUGUCAGAGUCAAUUCAAUGCUUCAAGCCUGAGCUUGGAUCAUCCCAUGGCAAUUUCUUAUUUGCUCAAUGAACCACAACUAAGAGCGGUGGAGGUUUGGACGUCUUAUCAAUAUGAAAACGGCCGAAAGGACAUCUGUGGGCCACAUGACUGCUUUGAUCAGGAAAGACGAUUCGUUUGGGGAAACGGAAGACCCUUCUUUCGUUUCCCCAGAUUCAACUUGUAUAUUGAUGUCACCUCGGAUGAACCUUUAUACGUGAAAACGUCAAUCCAUUUGAUGAACCAAAAGGCCGAAGCUAAUAGAUUGGACACCGUGUGCCAACUGGAAUGCUCAAUAUCUCCUGCAUUAUGCCCCUCGGAUCAUCCAUUUGCGACUGCUCGAGGGCAGCAAUGCUCAAAGUACUAUGAACGAAAAGAUUCAGCCGUGUCUGUCUGUGAUGGUGGCUUUCUACUGAAAACUGAUCCAAUUGAGUGUUGCAUUGAUUGUGUUCCUUGUCCAAUUACUGAUCGACCAUGCAUUGAUGCUGUCAAAGCACAUGAGUAUUGUCCCACCAAUCCCACUGCUGUUCGUUCCGAGGGCCAUGUUGGGUUCAUCAAAACAAAUCGAACCACAUCGCUAAUUUCAUGGUUGCAGGCUCAAAAUUAUUGUGUUGACAAUUUUCAAGCGCAUUUGCCUUUUGUCAAGAACAUGCGGGACCUUGUCGUUUUAACCAGAUUCUAUGGUGCUGGUAGUCGUUUCUGGUUGGGUGGAAUCGCUUCGUACGAAGCAAUUGGUAGGACAGUUUGCGAGCCUCCCAAUGAAUGUCAGUGGUUGGAUGGAUCCGACGUGGAUCUGAGUUUUUUCACCUUGUUUGACGUUGUGGCAGGAUAUAAAACCUUGAGCUUCUACAGCAUACCCAAAGUGGAGUUAACGUAUAUUGUCAAACAGAUAUAUGUGCCAACUGAAACACUAUGUCAGGCGAGCUGUAGCUUCUACCAAGACCGACUACUGUGUCCCACCACGCAUCCAUUUGCCUUUGAAAGUGGACAGAAAUGUUGCGCCCAUUUUACUCAAAGCACAGCCAACGGUUGUGCUGGAAAUCUUUUGGAUUUCCAGGAUCCCAUAGAAUGUUGCUCCAAUAGCACGCCUUGUUCAGAUCUGGUCCAGGGAUGCAAGACCCACCCGAGUCAAGCCCUUUUGUGUCCUCCGUACUCUGGAGCCCUCAGAAUGAAUGAAAGGGCCUUUCAGAUUAUUGCAGGCCCCUCUCAGACAUAUGACGAGGCUAAAGCCACUUGUCAAGCUUUAGGUGGAUUCUUGCCCAUUGUGAAAACCAUGCAGGAUUUUGAAAAUCACGUUUUUACCCAUUGGCUUAACGAGGUACCUGCCACCAGAUAUUGGACUUCUCUUAAGCAUGGCGCCGGUUCGCAGUACUGUAUCAAUGCCGCUUGCAAUGCACAAGUACUUCACUGGGCUGAUGAUUCUCGAUUCGUGUACGAGGAUCUUGAUAAACCGAUUACAGGCAGGACAACCGAGACAUGUUACGCAAUAGAUCCCCAAUCGUCGUUGCCAUUAAGAGGGAACCUUGUCGGUGUGGAUUGUAGUACAAAGUGGAGAGUUGUGUGUGAAUUUUCUUGUUUUUAGCGUUUGGUGAACAACUUUUACCACACAAGUUUAAGCUCUCACUGGUUUGCAAACAAACUGAAUCUGAAUUGGCUAGUGAGGCAUAAUAUUGUCCAAGCCCCAACACAUUGAGCUCCUUAGGCCUGGAGAGAAAGGCUCUACAAAACUUCCCUAGAAAACGUAUUAGCAUCGUGUUGCCUCCGGUUGCAGGACAACUCGGCCAGCGGAUAACUCGACCCAGGGCAACUCGACCCAGUGGACAACUCAACCCAGUACAGAAAUUAGGCUCAUAUGCUGCCUUACAAAUAUUUCCCAUUUAUGGAGCAAGCUGAGAUGUAAAACAUAUCAAAAUUUGAAAGACUUUACAAAAGUCAUUAUUUGACUUUUUCAAGGCAAAUUUCGUUUACGAAAGUCAUGGUGUGAAAAUCAAGUUUGAUAAUGUUUGAAUCAAAUUUAAUAUUUCUUCUGUAAUGCCUUACUGAUAUGAUGCUCAUAUCUUUGCAAGCAAAUUGAAUGUUAACACAUCACUCUUCGGUUUUGACCUAUAACCAAUAUUUUUUAACCAAUAUGUUGCGCUUAGUUAGUGUACUGGUUCGAGUUUUUUUGCUCAGUCGAGUUGUCCUAGGUCGGGUUGUCUUGGGUCGAGCUGUCCGUUGGGUCGAGUUAUCCGGUCACCGUUGCCUCCUUUUCAGGUGUUUGAACGGGCAGAUAGAAUUGAAUAAACAAACUCUCUCAUCGUCCAUAAAUCUGGUUAGGAGGUAACGCAAUGCUCAAAUAUCUCUUGCAAGUUAUUGUACAGCUUAACUCUCCAUGCUUGACGACCUCCUUGCCCAGCAUCACCGCGUAUUGUCGAGAAAAUAUUGAGCAUUAAUAAAAACACCAGCUUAGCAAGACCAGAAAAACGCUCCUUCCAAUUUGUUUCAUUGCAGCACAAAAUAAAGAAUUCUAUUGAAAUUUCCUUGUCCUUGUAACCCGUGUUGUGGAAACCGAAGGUCCAUUUGGCAUCACUGAUGAGAUAUGAGCCCCGAAUGAGCAAAACUUUCUUUUUGUCAGGCAUUUCCGUUAAAAAGUCUCAUAUGUAAAAUAAAAUGUGUGUAUGUA